AAGAGCGGGAAACCCUGGGAGACGGACGAGUAUUUCGCGCUCACGCGUCUCCCCGUCGAGGCCGCGCACACGUUCGGCCGCGACAUGUACGUCUCCGAGGCCAUCUUCGCCUCGGAGGCCAAGCUCCUCUUCGACCGGGAGUGGGUCUGCUCCGGCGUGGCGCCCGACGUCGCGAAGCACGGCAUGGUCGCGCCGCUCUGGGCGCCGGGCGCGCCCGUCUCAGUGCCCGUCUUCGCGGCGAACCACAAGGGCCGCGUCCGCGCGUACUACAACGUCUGCCGCCACCGGGGCGCGAAGCUCGUCCGCGAGCCCGCCUCGAAGAAGAACGUCGUGACGUGCCCCUACCACAAGUGGGGCUACGCGUUGGACGGGCGCCUCGUGGGCACGCCGUGCUGGGACGACGGCGCGACGUCCUGCGGGUCCGACGACAAGCAGGUCCCCAAGGCCCUGCGGGACAAGUUCACGACGGACCACGUCGAGGGCUUCGACAAGUCGCAGUACGGUUUGUUCCCCGUCGCCGGCGUCGAGACCUUCGGCCCGCUGCUCUUCACGAAGCGCGACGCGGACGCGGGCCCGUCGUUCGACGACCACCUCGGCGACCUCCGGGAGCAGCUGCGCCACUAUCCGGUCGACGAGCUCGUCGUGGGCCGGCGCGCGACGGUGCGCGACAUCCCCUGCAACUGGAAGAUCCUCGCGGAGAACUUCAUGGAGUACUACCAUUUGCCGGCGGUGCACCCGCUCCUGUGCACGGUGUCCGGCGUCGACGAGCACCUGCGCACGCAGGGCCGGGGCAAGUGCGUCGCCUUCGCGACGGCGCCUUUGACGGACGGCGGCACGUGCGUCGACCCGUCGGUGGCGCCGCCCAUGCCGGGCCUGGAGGACACGCCGGACGCGACGGCGGCGCGCCACGUGCUCGUCUACCCCAACGUCUUCAUGUCCUGGUACCCGAACCACGUCAUGCUCUGCGUCAUCGAGCCCGUGUCCGCGGGCGUGUCGCACGAGCACUUCCACGUCCUCGUCCACCCGAAGAUCUACGACGACCUCGGCGACCGCGCGGACGAGACCAUCGACGACUUCUUCGCGUGGCACGUCCGCGUGAACAACGAGGACAUGGACAUCUGCCAGGCCGUCCAGGAGGGCGUCUCCGUGCCGUCCUACGAGGGCGGCCGCUUCUCCUUCCGCUUCGAGGAGACGAUCCACCGCUACCAGAACAUGGUCGCCGACUCGCUCACGGGCAACAACGCCGUCGUCCCGCCCGCGGACCCGGACUUCGUCGCCGCCGACGACCUCGCGCGCCCCGCCGCCUGA